AUGGGCUUGGCCACCUACACCGCCACGUGGGCAGCUAUCGGAUUCGGGAUCAGAUGUUACCAGCUGGGCGUCAUGCAGAGACCUCUGUUUACUAAUCUUUGGGCUCACGGAAUCUCAACCGGCCUCUUCGGCUCCCUUGGCUAUUAUUUCUACCAUCUCAAAAUCAGGCAACGUGAAUUGCUAGAAGAGCGAAGAGAAGAGAGUAAAAUAUUUCAAGAGGCGCAAAGGAUCAAAAACGCACUCAGGCAACAACAACAAGAACAAAUUGAUUCAACCAUGUCACAUUAG